UUUAUUUUCCAAGCCGGUUAAAUGGCGGUUGUAAAAGUAGAUUAAACAUUUCAACCUUCUAUAUCGCCCAUAUACUCAUGCACGAGGAAUAUAGCGUCGAUUCUUAUAUUUUAAAAGGGUGUAAGCUUAUUUAAAGCAAAUGGGUGUGGCAAGGGAUGCCAGUUUUGUGUCCGAGUUCACCCCAUUUCGUAAAGCCACCCUGUCAUGUUUUGAAGAACAACCAGAGGGUACAUUUUCGGGUGUAUCGAAAGAUGGCAAGCGUUGCUGGAUUGUUCGUGGCUCACAUCUAGAGAUUUUGGAUGUUGCCAAUAGUGAGCGACUGGCUGCAUGGACGUUUGGUAAAGUUGUGUCCGACCCUCACACAAGGGUGACAUGUGUGAAGGAGUUCACUGUUGGUACAGCCUUGAAACUGCUCGUUGGGGUCUGCAAUGCUUCACCAACUGGUCUGCUGUGUUUGCUUGAUGUGGCAGUUGGGAAAGUGACCAAAACAGUUGAAAUUCCUCAUCCAGUGACAGAGGUAGAGGUCCUGUCAACCCACAAAAAGGCAACAGCUCCUAGAUGGGCUCUCAGUGAACACUUGUGUUACUUCAGUGGGCUGGUAGCAGUGGGCACAAACACUGGACAUGUUUUGCUCAUUGACAUGUGCACAGAUGAUGAGGAAUACUUCUCCAACGAGGAAGUCCCCAGUAGCCUCCAUCUGAUCUCUCCACGUGUGACAGAUAUAGAGAACCAGCGUUUCCACUGCAUGUCACAGGGCCUUCAUCUAGCCAUGGAACUCAAUGAGACCAUGUUUUCCAGGGGUGGUUUUGAGUACCAGAAGCCGGAUGGCGUGGUAAUGAAGACAUUUCGGCUCGACAUGGUGUCUGUAACAUGUCUGAAGUAUAUUCCACAGACGGGACUGCUAGUUGUUGGCUACAAUUUUGGAUGUUACCAGCUGUGGAAACUUCAGGUGCCAGUGUUAGAAUACAGCAGCAGACUGGAGUCUGAGCCCACACCUGUGUCUCACAUUGCCUACCAGGAGCCUGAGAAUGACCCCAAGAACUUCUGCUACAUCUGGAUCGCCAGGGGCCAGCCUGAGGUGGAAGAGGGGGUUGACCCUACAGUGUGCAGCAUUGCGAUGUACCAGCUGGCCUUUACUAACCGAGCCUUCUACAGCGACUAUGGCACAUUUUAUGAUGAGCUCACGUCCGUAUGUCUGCGCUUGGAGCACGAGCUCACCUCGUCCCUGAUUCAUGCGGGGUCUCGUUACGAGGGGAGCAGUAAGCUGAUAUCAUGUGCCACUGUGACCGACCCUAACUAUCAGCCUCUUGCCAAACUGUCUACAGAGGAGUCUUUUGAAGAAGGUUCAACUGGUCCAGACCUGAGCCUGUGCAUGUUUGUCUGGGAGGCCACAGAAGGGACCUCCAAGGUGGGCCGUCAUCUUGCCAUAUUCGACAUCAACCGCUGGUACCACGCUCAAAUGCCCGCUAAUGUCAGGUUUAUCUCGGGGUCCCAAGACACCUGUGCCUACAUUUCCUGGUACAGAUUGGAUAAUGCUUCUGAGAGAGCAGGCAACGAUACACUGUUGGCUGCCCACAUUGUUGCUGACAGACUGCGCAAGUUUGACAGCUGUCUCCCCAUGCCCCCUGAGCUGCAUUUCUACCCCUCGGCCCUGGCGUUUGAUACCAAGUUGAUAUUUGAGACUGGUUCCCUGUCAGCCCGGUUCCUGGGCAGUCAGAGACAGGUAUUCAGGACAAUGGAAGAGCAGGGACCCAGUAUCCUUGUUCAACCACAGGAACUCUACAGCAUGUGCAUUCACGUGGGUCUUCUACCUCGCCCCGUUAGUGUAGCAUCUGUAAACCCUAGCCUGAGCAGUCAGCGUGAGAGCAUGAUAAGUGUAGCACUGGAGUAUAACCUUGUAGCUUUCAUUAAGGCUUGUAUAGUUCAGUGGGCAACUGGGGAAUACGACUACCAAGGCUGCACAUUGAAGUUCGUGCUGGACUGGGCAUGGGAAACUGUCUCCAAGUUGAAACACAAGAUUGAUCAAGUCUGUGUGCCACUGUUCAACUGGUCGGGCCUCACCCUGGACCGGCCGGCAGUGCGCUCACUGGUCCAGUGCGGCCAGAAGCUUGCUCACCUUAUCUGCAUCUUGAAGACGUUUGCCUCCGGGACUGGUUCCAUCACAGUGGCAGGGGAGGCAGAGUUGAACAGCAAGGUGCUGGUGACCAGUCUCAUCUCACAGCAUCUAGCGGUGGUGCUGUGGUUCUUUGGGACAGGACUGCUGCCUGAGAAUGAUGACACUGAGGUGACUCAAGGAGGCCAGUACUGCUACCCGGCCACCAGUCUCAUGUCAGCAUACAAGAGUCGCAGGGAGGAGCUCGCCAGUAUUCAUGUGGACAUCGGACCUUCAGACCUGUUGUUGAUAGACGGGCUUGUGGAGAACAUGGGGGUGUGUGAGAUAUGGGAGAGAGAGGGAGGCAUGGCACAGUACCCCCCACCCAGCAUUCAUGCCCUGAUAUCUAGUUACCUGUUGGACAACUGUGAUAUGUUGUCAAAGCACUGCCUGGUGCUGUACCUACUGCUGGACCUGGUGUCGGUAGAUAGCUGUCAGGAGAAUGAAAGUUUCUUGGAGAAGGUAGGAGGAUUUGCCCGCAGGUUUGGACUCCCCCCGACUCUGGUGAAGCUUAUACAAGCAUUCUGGCUGCUCGACCACAGGGAUUUUGAGGAGGCCAUGUCUCUAAUGCUGGACCCUAUGGUACGCGGGGAGUUCAGCAGGUGGCAGCACCGACGCGUGAUCAAGUCCCUGCUGUACCAGGGGGAUCCCCAGAUGGCCCUGCGUUACAUCACCACCCUGAGACCCGCCCUGAACACACCAGAGGAGGUGAAACUCAAACUCACCGUGCUCAUGGCCAAUGGGCGCAUAGAGGAGGCGUUGGUGUACCAGAGGAAGUGUCGAGACAAGACCAGCAUGCAGGACCUGUUGGCUCACCUGUUCCUGGGAUGUCAACAGACAAACACGGUGGACCGCCUGCUGCAGCUACACCUCAGUGAGGAGGAGGAGCGCCACCUGGUGACCUUCUUACAGGACAGCUCAGAGCCUCACUCCCAGGAGCUGCUGGUCACACACUACCUGCAGAGGGCAAAAUUUGUCGAGGCCAUACAACUCAAUGAGAAACUGAAACAUACCAUCAUGACAGAGGGAUGUUCAAAGGCCCGUGAGCGCGCCUCUGCAAGGAAUGCAAUUGUGGAGCGGUACGCCAGUGUGCUGCCCAGUGUACAGAGGAGACUGCUCUUUGAACAGGUCCAUGUUCCGAAGAAGAAUACACAGUGGAGGAGGGAAGUGCGACGACCCAACCCCCUGUCCACAAAGAUCACCCAGUGCCGUGGUAAGGUGACCUCCCAGUCCACAUACAUCAUGACCAUCAUGGAGACUCUGGAUGAAAUGGAGGACAAACUGCCUGGUGAUAGACCUUUGGACAAGUCUGUUGGUCCAUUCAUAUGUACUCCUGUAACUCCUGCGCGCAACUCUGUCAGGGACACCCCGGUGACCAUCUACCCAGAGCUGACAGAGACCCUACACACGUCCCGCGGCCCUUACCUGCUCAACAAGUCUCUGACCAUGCUGUAUGGGGCUGAGGUGCAGACUCCCACCAAGGGAGAUAGAGGGAGUCGCUUUGUUUCCGCGGCCUGCAUGACAUUGCUGCAGACUCCGACAGUCAAGAAAAUGACGCCAAGGAAAUCCAGUUUGUCGACAGGCAAGGCAGUCACUCCACAGUCCAUACUGAAAGUGCGCAACAUGAUCUCCAACACAUCCCCUAGCCCGCACAAAACUAGCACUACACCAAACUCACUUGAGUUGGAGGGCAGCGGUCGCAAGGCCCCCCGUAAGCUGGGCUAUGGCUCAGGCUCCGGGACCCCUCUGUCUAGCAUUCCCCGACAUCUGGCCACCGAGAUGAGCUCACUGCCUGCCACGCCCAAGUCAGUGUCCUUUGCAGAACCAGACGAUACAGAGGUCGGAGUGACACCAAAGAAUACAGGGUCAUUGAAACCUUCCACUCCAAAGUCUGUCUCGUUUGCUGACAAAUCCAUCUCCACGGCAACCAAACUGCAGCUCCUGUCAACACCCAAGCAGUUGAGAUUUGCAAGUGAAAGGUCACUGCCAAGUUCAAGGUCACCAGAGGGUUCAAGGUCAAGGUCAUUGGAAGACAGGAGCCCUACUCCUGAAAGCCCCGAGAAGUCUCCAAAGUUUGCAUUGCAUUUGGACCAUCUCCACCGCAAGCCCCUUCAUGAAGAAGAGUCCCUGGUUCGUGCAGAUGGAAUCAGCAGACCUCCAGGGCCAGUGUGUGGAGAAAUGGAGAGACGGACGGAGCCAGUGGGUGGAGAAAUGGAGAAACGUAUGGAGCCAGUAGGUGAAGAAAUUGAGGAACGGACUGAGCGAGUGGGUGGAGAGAUGGAAGGUGAAGAGGAGUUUGUGCUACAAGUUGAGGAGAGUGAUGAUGGAAACAUUAGUGAUGAAAAUGUAGAGGAAAUGGAAGGCAGUUUUGAUACUCCGGCAACCUCCCCUGCCUCUAUGGACCUGUCCUACGCUUCCAUGGUGACUGUGAAAGAACAUCGUCUUGCCUCUGUAGGUUCAUCCAUCACUCCGGAGCACAGUCCAGUGAAGUCCCUGAGCUCACCAGUCAAGUCCGGCCCGUCAUCUCCUACAGUGAAGGUCUCCAAGUCUUCCAUCUCCCAGUUCUCCGUGGCUGAAAGCAGACAACAGUCCGCUGAGAGUUCUAGGGCCCGAUCAAGUGUAAUGAUGUUUAAUGGGACUGAGCGAACUGAGGCAACAUCAAGCGAUCAAGGACUAGUGAAAGCUGGACCAGUCAAUAUAGACCUCACGGGGGCUUCGGAAGAUGAGGACAUGGACAUGGGACAUGGUGGAUUGAGGUCUCCCAAAAACGAGCCCAAAGCCACACAUGGGGAAAUAUUUAAAGACUAUGAGGAGAUUAAUCCUCCGGGUGAAAUCGAGGAUGAAUCUAUGGAGGAUAGAAUUUCUGAAGAUGAAGAUGAGAGUGGGAAGAUUAUUGGAAGCCAGUCUGAGCCUGUAAGCAAAUGGAGUCAGUCCCCUGUCAAGGUUGAGGUAGAGGACUCUACUGUGGUCACUCGUCCAUCGAAUCUCCUUGGGGCGGGCCCUGUCCAGCUUUCGGGACUGCAACGAAAAAGUCUGACACCCCCUGAAGAGAGAAACAUUCCCCUGGUUAAGAAGAAAGGGUCGCCACCAGACUCCGAGUAUGGCACUCAGAGCCCUGAUUUACAACUGAACAUUGCCAAAAUUCUUCAGGACAUUGAUACCAGAUUUGCAGACACUCCUUUAGAAAAAUCACAACUGUCAGCAGUUAAAGAGGAAGCGCCGCUGAAUAGAUCUCGAGUACGUAGAAAGUUUGAAAUAUCCGUAAAAGUUGAGACUGAGUCUGUUCCCAGUACUUCAGAUGGUGUCUACGAAGAAACUGUAACGUCAACUGUAGAUGAGCCAUUGACUCCUACGAGAUCUUCGCGUCGGCUCAGGCAGAAGGAGUCUGAACCCACUGAGCUGGAACAUGAUUCUCAAGAGCCACUACUGCCUGAUAGGUCCGCAAGAAAAAAGAAGACAAAAAGUGUAGCAACUACUGAUGAUGAUGUUGACUCUGCUAAAGCCCUGCCCAAUACUCCAACUAGGGCUUCCAGAAGGGGAAACAAAGAUAAAAGUAGUCCAGAAAAACCGGCCCCAAUAUCUACUAGUCGACGGUCAAAAAUUGAGAAAAUAAAUGAAAGCUUAGUGCAAAUUAAAGCGCAUUCAAGUAAGCCUUUUACAAAAGAAGCUGUUCAAGUUGUUCAUGAAGCAGUGCUCAAUGUCUCUACAGAGUUGAAGGAGAGAAUUAAAGAAAGUGAAAAAAGUGCAAGUGAUGUUGAAGGUAAUGAUGAAGAGGAGAAAAUGACUAAAAUAAAAGAUAAAUCUGUGAGAAAAUCUGUUUCACCCAAAAGUACUCCAAUUGGAGGUAAGAAGAAAGCUGCAACACCGUCACGAUCAACUUCUAGAAAUAAAACAGAGAAGGUAGAAAGAGAGGCAGGUAGUGAGGAAAAUGUGGCUUUAACACCCUCAAGAACUCGAAGAGGUGCAAUUAAAACAGUGUCACCAAUUUCUGAAGAUAAAUCUAAGACCACUACUCCUACAAGAGGGAGACGAAAGAAGACAAUGGAAUCUCAAGAUGAAAAUCAAAGUAAUAAUAAUGAAGAGAUUGAAAUAAGUGAGGUCACCAUAUCUGAACCAUCCACUCCAACUGCAAGAACCAGAGGUGCUUUGAAGGAUAAAAGUGACAAUAAGAGGGAUAGCUUUGGACAUUCAGAGAUACCAGUUGAUGUAGGGAUUCCUGAUGAUUUAGAAGCGCCUGAUACUCCAUCUAGAAGGAGCCUGGGUCGUGCUUGUAAGAAAGUGGACUCUGAUGAGCCCAAGACUCCAACACGAAGGCAGAGUCUGGGCAGGGCUGUUAAAGAUGAGGAUGCUGAAGUGGCAAUCACUCCUUCCAGACGUAAAAGUUUGGGGCGCGAGGCAAAGGAAAUUGUGGUUGAGGUACUGACUUUACAGUCAACAAGCCAUCUGAGUCUUGAAAGAUUGCCAACUGGGGAGGAAGAGGUGAAAAAAAUUGCAAGCACUAGGAGGCAAAGUUUAGGCCGAACUGGGAAUAAUGAAAUAGACAGUGAAGACACAGUGCCAAAGUCACCUGCUAGAGGACGUAGGAAAGGACCAGAUGUAAACAAUGAUCAAGUCAAUGUUGCAGAACCUGUUACACCAACCAGAAGAGUUCGUUCCAAAAAGGCUGAUCUUCCUAAUGAAAGUGAAACUGAAACUGAUGUUAAACCAGCCACCCCGUCUAGAAGGGGUAGGCCUCCGAAACAUGUAUCACCAGAACGAGAUAAAUCAGUUCUGUCUAAGGCUGAAGAGGUAGCUACAACUCCAACAAGAAAGGGGAGGAAAACAACCACCCAACAGACUACAGCUUCAGAGCAAUCUCUCACUCCGGGACGGAAAACACCGAGUCGAAGAGGUCGUUCAAUAAAGUCAGAUAUGAAAUCUGAGUCCGAGGCGGAGGGGCAAUCAGAAAGUGUUCAUGUUGAAAAUGUUACGCCGUCUAGGAGGAAAAAAUCAAAGAAAGAAGACAAAGAUGUAACUGCUAAUGCAGUUCCUGAACUGUAUGACAUUCAGCCUACCAGCAGCUUCCAGUUCUCAGAUCCAAUGCAGGUAUCAGGGGCAGAAGAAUCUGUAGCAUCCAAGCCUUUCACCCCUGUGAAGUCAUUCAUCUUCUCCCCACCCAUCUCCCACACCAGGUCAUUGAGGCGUGCUCAGCCUGACAUCCAACAGGAGGCCAUUCUGCUCCCAGGAACUGUCGAUCAACUAGCCAAGGAACCCAUAGAAGAGAAAAAAAACACAAGAAGGACAAAGAAACUGUACAAGGAGAAGGAGGAGCUGUUACUGAUAAGCCCCGGGGAUGUCACUGCAGUUACCUCCCCUAGUGAGGAUGGGCGGGACCUGAUCACUGGGAGGCGGGGCGGGGCAAAGAAAGCAGAGACAGCAAAGGAUGGCACAAAACUUGUUGUACGUGGGAUCGAGAGGAUGCUCAGGGGCAGACGGACGAGCUACCGGAUAGGGCCAUUGUCAAAGAAAAAAUGACUUGUGUGUCAAAAAAUGAAGAAAAAAUAUUAGUGACUGGUCUGGGUGGUUUAGCUUCUGGAUAGGACAUGGAUUAAAGAUGAAUUGAUCUUGUGUGAGAAAAGAGGUGCUUUAUGAAUUGUUUAAUUACUAAUGGGGCAUUUAUUUAAGACUGAUACGGUAGUAUAUACCCUCUGCUACAAAGGUUGAGAGCGGGCAGUUGGGUUCACACUGUCUGAACAGUUUGUUUGUCGGUUUGUCUAAAAUGUUGCUAUCUUAUAGGAGUAAACUACUUCUUCUCCAAUCAAUUAAAGUAACAGUAUAUUGUUUGAAACUAGUAUGACCCUUGGUGGAUUUGUUUGCUUUGUUCUGUGUCUUGUUUGUGGUUUACAUAUUAGGGUUUAAGAAUGUUAUUGUCAAAAAAGAAGAUUAACGGAAACGAUAAAGUGGGAAUUUUCAUGUGUGAUAAAUUACUUUGUUUGAUCACCAGUGGUCUGUCAUAAAACAUAGUAUGUAUAUAUUACAUGUUCAUGUUUUCUGUAUUUCCUAAAUUUUAGGCACUUGUCAUUUUGGCUGGACUACAAUUCAGUCAUAAGUUGAAAUGUCAGUAGGAUGUUCAAUAAUACAGGUCCGAAGAAAAAAUCACAGUACAAAAGUACCAUGAGGUGCUCUAUGGUUACAGCAAGUGAAUAUGCACAACACUCAAAACAGUUUUUUGUUAUGCCCCCAAAGGAAGGCAUAUAGUGAUCUGACUGUCCGUCUGUCUGUCACACUUUUGCGUUUAGGUUUCGAAAAAUGGUCAUAACUUCUAUGUCGCUUCAGAUGUCUCUAAAACAUGCUACUCAUUGUUUUUAAUAAUGUGAAAUUUUAGGCUUACUUUCAUGCUGAGUUUGUACUUAACCUUUCAAUUUCAAAUAUUUUGUUAAGCACGUAACAAUGAAAGCAAAUGAUAUAGACCGUGUUCUGCGAAAAUAUGGUUUAAUGUGCGUUAAGUGUCAUCGGAGAUUAGCCUGUUUAGUCUGCACAGGCUUAUCACAUAUCAGGGACGACACUUUCCGCUUUUUUUGUAUUUUUUUGUUUAAAGAUAGUUUCUUCUAAUCAGAAAUUCAGUUUAUGCAGAACGAGUCAUCCAAGAUUAGCCUGUCCGAACUUCAAAGGCUAAUCUGGUACGACACUUUAUGCACAUGCAUUAAACCCCCUUUUCACAGGUCACUGCUCAUAUUACUGCGAAGAGCAAGAAUACCAUUUAUAUGACCUGUUUGAUCAAAACAACGUUGCCUUGCAAAUGUUGCAAUAACUUUUGUUAUGGCUUCUGGCUUUGAGCCAAGGGAAAUUAAAAAAGGAAACUGUCAUUUUUUUAAUAAAAAGUAAAUAUGGAAACAGCUUAAGUGCUUGGCUUAUAUUGUUCUCUAAAUGGUAGAGUAGUAUGCUACGAGAAAAAAAGUUUGUAUUAUGUAUUGUUUAAUUUGGAAUAUUUGUCAUUCCUAAAUGGCAUAAACACAGUCUUGACAAUUUGUAAAAUUGAACCACUGUGUUCAGAUAUAAAAAAAGUGCAUUUAUUUAAGGACUGUAUACACUUUGUUGUGCAUUUUUUGCCCUUUUUAUAUCUGUCUGUUUACUCCAUGGUAUUGAUGAGUAUGGACUAUUGUGCUCUAGAUAUUAUGCUCUUUUGUUAAAAAAUGUAUUACAUGUAUGCUAUGAUUUUUGAUGAUAUGUUUGUUAACUUAGUAAUUGUAUGGAAAUUCUUUGUACUGUAAUAUGAUACAACAAAUUGAUAUAUUAA